AAAAUGUCAAAGUUUGAUAAAGUUUUGACACGAUGAAGAUAUCAUAACAAGUCAAUAUCUUAAUAGUAUUUAGCCCAAAAAGGGAAAAGAUGCCAAAGAUCAGACCAAGGAAGAUCCCAUAUCAAAAAUGAAAGCUACCUCGAUCUCUGAUCAAAUCUCUUUCCCAUACUAUUAAAAUAUUACUUCAAGAGUAUCAACUUGCUUCUUCUUUCUCACUAUCUUUACUUAUCUUCUCUCCAGAGGUUUCGGUUAGUCAGAAAGAGUUGAUAAAUUUGCUUACUGCUAUUCCCAGUUUCAGCCCAUACGCCCAUAAUAUCUUUGUCAGUUUCCUCCUAGUGCUCGAAUUAUUAUUACCUGUUCUUUCUUUGUUUGUGGCAAAAAGGAAGAAGAAUUGAGAAUGAAGAUUAUGUGUGAUGUGUGUGACAAAGAAGAGGCAUCUGUGUUUUGUUCAUCUGAUGAAGCUGCUCUCUGUGAUGGCUGUGAUCGUAGGGUUCACCAUGCAAAUAAACUAGCCAGUAAACAUUUACGUAUCUCUCUGGUUAACACCAGUUUCAAAGACUCCCCUCUUUGUGAUAUCUGUCUGGAGAGACGUGCCUUGCUGUUUUGUCAAGAAGAUAGAGCCAUUCUUUGCAGAGACUGUGACAUACCAAUUCAUAAAGCCAAUGAAUACACCAAGAAACACAAUAGGUUUCUUCUCACUGGUGUUGAACUUUCUGCUGCUUUUUUAUAUCCAGCCUCAUCAUCAUCUAAUUGCUGCGAUGCCAUAACAGCAACAACAUCAAAAACCAUAAACAAAAGUAGUGCUUCAGUAACUAAUGAAAUCUUCAGCUCACAUUCCAAACCAACAAUGCCAUACAAGGACAAUUGUUCAGUUUCAACCAGUAGCGUAUCUGAGUAUCUAAUGAAGACAUUACCCGGCUGGUGUGUUGAAGAUUUUCUUAAUCCUUCUUCAUCUGCAGCUUCAAAUGUUACGUGUAAGACUUCUGGUAAGUUUUGGCCAUUUGGGAAUCAAGAUCUUGAAGAAGAUCAUUCAGCAAUCCGGGUGCCUGAAGUUUUUGUUCAGUCCGGGCCAAAAGUUCUCCAUUCUAUUGUCCCCAAAACGGCUUCACAAAUGGAUUAUUCAAGGAGUCAACUGAAUGAAAGAGCUUGAAAUGUAGCAGAAUAUGCUGUGAUGAUGGCUUCACGUUCUUCAGAUCAGCACUCAGUCAUUCAAGAAGCCCAGAAUGUUUGGUUUAUUUCUCUAGGAUCUGUGUCGUUAAAUAAUGAAUAUUAGAUGGGUUUUCUUUUUUCUUUUAUAAUCUGACAUUGUUAUUUUUGCUAAUUUCAGUAACAUUUUAAUGAAUUUUGACAAUAUAGUUUCUACUUUCUCUGC